GCCGGCGAGCAGUCUCGCGGUGCCGGGGCCGGUUGUAGGUGGGCGCGCGCCGGAGCUGCUGGCUGUCUCGCGCGGGAAAAUGUUGAUGCCGUCGAGGUCGCCGGUCGGCUGUCACUCAUGCCACCAGCUGCUCAACACUUUGACGGAAAAGUGGAAGAGCUGCCAUCUCUGGCUGUACUUGCUGGCCUUGGGCUUCGACACGAACUGCGGUGACGGCAUCUCGCUGCUCGGAAAGAACAUGUUUGACUUCCCAAACAGUGGUGCAUUUUUUUAUGUUGCGCUCUUCUUGUUUACCAAGCUGGAUCCCUCUCAUGCAGCAGAAGUUUUCAGGAACUGUACGUUUGGAAGUGUCUCAAGUCAUGAAUUUAGGAGUCAGUGCAGUAAAUGGCUAAACCACCUUUCAAAUGAACACCAAACACUUUUCCCACAAGUUGUGCCUUCUGCAUUGAUGUCUCCUGGUGGUCCUAAAUUUAUUCAGUUAAUGUAUGCCUUUGUGAGACAUACACUGGUUGAAGACAUAAAAAUGAUCUCCAGAGGCACUGAUACACCUUUCGCUGAAGUUAUUAGGUUCAGACCUCAGGAUGUGUCCAUGGCAAAUGCAAGAUGUCGAGUCGCAUACAAGAAACUUCUAAGGACUUUUCAAAGACAAGACUUUAUUGUUCAAGAAUAUGACAGAAAAGCAUUGAUUUUAAUUGAUAAAAUAAACAAGAUGCAGUCUGAAUACAGAAUCCUGGAGACACAGUCUUGCAAGAUGAAACAAAAUGACCAAACCAAAAAUGACAAAAUUGAGAGAAUUCAAAAGGUCCGCAGCAUGUGGCCACUUGUAACAGAAAUGCUUGAAUCUCUGAAAAAAGAAAAGGAAAUUGUAAAUUCUGAACUUGAUACACUUAAAAGCUGCAAUAAGCAGCACAUUUUGGAUGGAACUAACAUUGUUUUCAGUAUUCCACGGCUUUUGGCUCACAGAGUUGACAGUGAUAUACACCAACAUUGUACAGGAAAUAUUUAUGAAGCUGAAAAACUGAAUUUCCUAACAGUCAUCCAGUUACUAAAUGAAGCCUUGAGGGGAUUGAGAGAUGAACAUAUUGAGUUUGAAUUAAAUCAACUUCAGAACACUGAGAAUAAGGUUACACUCCUCAAUAAGGUACUAAAGGAUUUGACAGCAAAGAGGCUACAAAUGGAACGGCAUAUUGUGUCACUGCGUGAAUCUAUUUCUAGAGAACGUGAGAAAUGGGAAGUCAAGUGGGAAACCAUUCUUGGCCACCGUCCUUUUAUUUUAGUCUCAGAUCUGGAUCUGGAAUGGGAUUUGUUAAGUUCUUUGCCACUUGAUGAUUUUAAUCCUGCAGAAGAUGAUAGUGUCUUUUUUGAAAGUUUAAAAUCAUGUCCAGAUGUUUUUUACUCUAUUCAUGAAGAAUCUUGUGAGAAAGAUGAGGCAGCGUUGGAAACUAUGAUGGAUAAGUCAAGUACACCACCAAAAUGGAUCUGUUCAGUGUCUUCGGAAUUGUCAAAAGAAUGUGACAAGAGAGACGCGUUAGUUGAAAAGAACUUACAGAUUAAAACCUCCAAGGGCAAAAAAAAGUCUGUACCUCUAGAGAUCUUAAAAAAUGAAAAGGAUGGGUCUGCCACUUCAGAAGUGUGUGAGAAUGCAGCUGAUCAUGCUAUCCAGGCAGAGUCACCUAUUAAAAAAGAAGACCCUUAUAAGAAAGCCAGAGAUGAACUGGUAGAAGAGAUCACAAAAAAAGUGAUGUCUGAGUCACCUCAGAGUGAUGAAGGGAAAGGAACGACAUUAGAAGGUCUGAUUAAAUCACUCUCUACUAACCCAUUUGUAGCAAGGAAACAAAUUCCCCGAACUCCAGAACAUCUGUUUACUAAUAUAAGAAAAUCGUGGAAAGAAGCCAUGCAGACAGAGGGCUCAUCAGACACAGAGCUGGCCCCAACUGAGGUAAUGACAGAAGGCCUAAUGGAUGCUAGACCCACAGUGCAGAAAAUGGCAGGCCCUAAAUGCUCUGUCCCUGCAUCUCCUGUACCUGACUUCGAUCUUGACUUUGAAAGGAAGGCACAAUUAAGUUCUGCGGAAUUUAAACCUCAAGAGCAGACAGGGUUAAGUCACAUCAUUGGAUCUCCAGUUUUGGAAACAUAUGGAGAGAAAGCGAGGGAGAGUACUGAAGCACAGGAAUUGAAAUGUUGUGUUUCGAAGAAAGGUUCUGUAGAAGAUCUACAAGAAGAGACUUUCCAGCCUAUAAAGAGCAGCAUGAGUACUUCAGAUACUUAUUCAGAAAACAAUAGUAGAACAGGCGAUGUGCUUUCAGACCACUGUCAGGGUCCCUUAAUGAAUAGAACAAUGCACUGGAAUAUAUCUACGUUGUUAAAUUCUGUCUGCGAUGAAGCUGGCUGCUCGGUGAUAUGGGAUGAGAUGCUUCCAGAAGAGCUUGGUGGUAUAGAUCUCAACAGCUCGGUAGACUCGGAGCCUGGUGUAAUAGACAGCACAUGUAUAACCAGUGUUUCAGAAAAUAAGGGAGAUAUUACAAACCUGCUAGAUCUAGAGUCCCUGUUCAAUGCACAUAAAGCACAGAGAAGCACUGUAUCUAGAAGUGAAGAGAUGCCGUGUCAAACACAUAAUGGAAGUGAUUCUGUAGAUUGGAGUUUAAGCCCAAGUCUUACACUGGAAGAAAGAGAAAGAGAUGAGUUGUGCUGUCCUGUCAAACUCUUCUGCAUGGAAGAAUGUAUCAAAAUAUCAUCGCCUUCGUUGAUGAUUAAGGAGCAGUUGAAUGAGAAGCUGGGCACAGAGGAACCGUCAUCAGAACAGAAUUUGUAAAGCAGAAGCAGAACCAUAGUAGUGUGACUGUGAUUCAGUUGGGUGUUGCAGCAUCUUCUCCAACCAUUGCCUACAUGGAAAAGUUUUUUUUUUUGUGGAGACUGCAUUCCCUUUGUGUAAGAAUACCAGUUGCCUGCUUUGGUUCUUCAGAUUUCAUGUCAUCCAUAGUAACAUUCUAUGUACAGUCUGUGCUUUAUGUACAGAACUAUGUAGCAUAUGUUGAGUAGGUGGCAAAAUCCUAGAAAACUUAAAAGCUCUGAAACACCCAAUGGUUUUAGCCCCUGACUUUUGGUUAGUAUUGCGAUCAGCUCUAUGUCUUGAGAGGCUGUGCCCUUCUUUAAACUUCUUCUGAAAUGGCUGUUUUUGUUACACAUAUUUCUGAAUAAAGUUUCUGAUGGGA